AAUCAAACAUUAUGAAAAAGGUCCCUUACGUUAGAGAUAGAUCUGUUGAGUGCUUUAUUUGGAGCUUGGCCUUGUCCUACAAGCCUGAAGAUAGCAAUGGAAGACUAUUUGGGGGAAAAAUGAUCAGUGUUACUGGUCUUUUAGAUGAUACUUAUGAUAAUUAUGGCACGGGUCAAGAACUUGAAAUCUUCACAAAAGCAUUAGAGAGAUGGGAUAUUAGUCUCCUUGAACCUCUUCCUCAAUGUAUGAAAGUAGUAUUUGAUAUAGUUGUAGAACUUUGUGAUGAAAUGGAGUUGCUAACAGCUCAAAGUGGAAAAUCAAGAUUUGUGGUGCCACAUUUUAAACAAGCCAUUUGUAACAUAACAAAAGCAUACAUGGUGGAAGCAAAAUGGUGUCAUGAGGGUUAUGUUCCAACAUAUGAUGAAUAUAAAGUUAACGGAAUUUUAACUUCUUGUGGUCCUCUAUUCUUCACAUCACUUAUUGGCCUUGGAGAGUUUGCAACAAAGGAUGUUUUCGAUUGGAUUUCUAGUGUUCCAAAUAUUAUGAAAGCUGCAUCACUUAUUGCUAGACUCACUGAUGACAUGGCCUCACAUAAGUUUGAACAACAAAGAGUACAUGUUGCAUCAUCCGUGGAAUGUUGCAUGAAGCAAUAUGGCAUUUUAGAAGCAGAGGCUUAUAAUUUCAUCUGCAAGGACAUUGAAGAUUAUUGGAAACUUAUGGAUGAAGUGUAUCUCAAUUCAAAUGAUAUCCCAAAGCAUGUCCUCGAUAUUAUGAUUAAUUACGCACGUAUGUCUGAAUUUGUGUAUGAAAAUAACGUGGAUAGAUUCACAAAUGGAGAAUUGAUGAAAGAUAUUGUCUCUUCACUACUUUUAGAUCCCAUGUGACUUGAUCAACACCGAUAAAAUAAGUCAUUCCAGAUAUAAAGGAGUAACAUAUGUUGUUAUAACUUUAAGAUGUGUAACUACUAGCAUAAUGCUAUAAACUAGCAAGUAUAAUAAAUAAGAGAGCAUUGUGGGUGAGAAAGUAGAUUGAUUCAUCCUACAUGAAAUGCUCAACGUGUGAGUUGGAAAAAAAAAUGAUAGUUUGUAAUUAUGUCUGCUUGUUGUCAUUUGUUUACUUGUGAACGUAAUAAAGUUUGUUU